CUAGGUCAUAAUGUCUACAUCGAGCUCUAGUUUCGUUUUAACACGCUCACUUAUAGUGAGCAAGAUAUGAACAAGAUAUGUAUUAUUAAACAUAAAGCUUAGAAACCUGUAAAAAGGCCAAACGUUCAGACCGAGUACGUCUGAUAUUUGUGGAGACUAGUGAUCAUCGUUUGUAAAUGUAGUCCUAUUCUACACUCAUAUAAAAUGGCGGAUAAGGAAGUAACACCCGUGCUGCAGAAAGGUUCGGACUUAUUUUUUUUUCGACUACGGUUGUUCAGCGUGCGAGGACAAUGACACUUUAACGGAGGCAGAUUUCUAUUGUGAGGGUUGUUCUAGGUGGUACUGUGACCAGUGUGUGAUUCAUCACGGUCAGAUUUUCAAGAAGCUCACACCACUUGGAAAGGGUGACAUAGCUAAGUGGCCUGUCGCCAGGGGCGAAGCUGAGCUUUUGUCACAAUGUGAGGAACAUAUAAGGAAGAAAAUUAAAAUGUUCUGUGCGGACCACAAUCAACUGUGCUGUACGACGUGUGUACUGCUCGAUCAUAGACAGUGUAACAAGGUAACAAAAAUCACAAGUGAAGAACACAAAAAGGAACAUGAAGAUUUAAUAAAACUGACAACUGACGUCACUGACUUGACGAAGCGUCUGAUGAAAUUUAUAGAACAGAAAGAAUGUAAUAUCAAGUCAAUUGAGGAUGCCUUUGACAAGAUUUUAGAAGAGGUCUCGCUGAUGCGUCAGAAAUUCAAUUCCGCCUUAGAUUCCUUCGAGCAGCGUACUGUGAAUGAAGGAAGAGCCCUGGUAUCCAGUUUGCAAGAAUCACUGCAAGCCGAUGCAGAAUUGGGUAAAACGGCUCUGAAAAGAAUUCAGUCCUUCCAAGAAGCGGCUGAUAAAAUUGGAACACACGAUUCAGAAUUAUCUGCCAUUGCGUUUAUGAAAAUCCAAAGUGAAAUGUCAAAAUCAGACUCAUUUUUACGCAUGACUGCCUUCAAAUCAAAGAGCACUUCAUCAUUCAUCCCAAACAAAGAGAUUGACACAUGUUUUGAAACAGUGGAAUCAUUUGGUAAUACUGUGUCUAAUAAAUCAAAUGCAGUAAUAACAAUGACAAACCAAUCUCUUUACACUGUAAAACGUAGCGGUGAAUCAACAUGCGAAAUACGAUGCAUAUGUGAGAUGUCAGACGGUAAUAUCAUUCUUGCCGAUGCUACGAACAAGAAAAUGAAGAUGCUAGAUACAAAGUUCAGUGUUAUUAGUCAUUGUGAUAUGCCAGCAUAUCCUUGUGGCGUUUGUCAGGUUUCAAACUCUCAAGUGGUUGUAGUCGUUUAUGACUGGAAAAAAUUCCACGCGAUUCAGAUAAUUGACGUGACGAAUAACACUCUUGUGAAGAAGGAAACAUUUAACUUGACCCAUCCAUGCACUGGAAUUUGCCAUUAUAAUGGACAUAUGUAUAUCACUUCCAGAACAGCGUUGUACUGUUACACUCUUACGGGCAAGCUUCUGGACAAGCUGCAUGAAGAUACAUCGGCAUCAGAUACAGUUUACAGGUGUGCAGUAAACGCAGAUUGUGGCAUGAUUUAUGUCGUCAACUUUACCCAUAACAAGGUCCUUACACUGGACAUGAGUGGACACCUCUUGUCAUCAUUCAAUGACCCGGAACUUCAAAACCCGACCGACGUGCACGUGUCAGAGUCAGGACAAGUGUUGGUAUGUGGGUACUAUUCAAAGAACAUCAUUCAACUCAACAGCGAGGGAACAGAAAAAAUUACUUGUGUUGCUUCGCUUAAAGAAGGAAAGGAUGUGUUGUCUGUUCGUAUGUUAAGACGAACUGGCUAUGUGCUUGUUGGAAGAUUAGGAACAGAUGAUAUCGCAGUACUUGAUGUUGAAUAUUAAUUAUUGUAACUGAUGCGUAUCUGAUUUUAAGAGUGCAUUUUGCAUUUAUGCCCUUGCAUAAUUAUGCUGACCAAAUCUUCAAAAUUUAUAUUAUUUAGUAUCAUAGCAUAUUGACGUGACUGAUUAUUUAAACUACAAGGCGCUAUGUUUUUGUUAACUAAUGAGCUUUUUUUGAAGGUUUACCUCACUUAAAAGAACGCAGGUGUACAUGUAUGAAGUAAAUAUUCAAAAUGAAA